AUGUUCCCCUACGCGACUCACGAUUCAGACAAAGAAUUGAACAAAAGAUAUCUUCUAGUAUCUCGUCAACCAGAUUUCAAAGAAAGAAUAAUGGGUUUCACAAAGAUUGAACCUAAAAAAUGGUUCACCAAGGAUUAUUGGUAUCUCGAUACACCUCCAGCUUCUUACGCUACAAGAGAUGGUUGGUCGAAUGCCGAUGUUGAUGUCGUGCCCAUCGAUCAACGAAAUUGGAGAGCCAUCAAUUACUUGUUCUUAUGGUUAUCAGAUGGUGCAAAUGUCGGUACAAUGCAACAAGCCGGUUCGAUCGUAGCUAUGGGUCUCAGUUGGCGUGAAGCUUCCGGUGCUAUAGCGAUCGGUAAUAUCAUCAUUGCGGUAGCUGUGACACUGAACGGUACUAUCGGAUCGAGACAUCAUAUCCCAUUCUCUAUCGCUUCAAGAGCUUCAAUGGGUUUUUACUUCUCUUACUUCGCCGUGUUCUCUCGUCUCGUUCUCGGUCUUCUCUACUUCGGUAUCAACACAUUUAUCGGAGCGUCAUGUACUUUGAUCUGCCUUGAAGCCAUCUGGCCUUCUCUCAAGACUUUCCCCAAUACUAUACCCGUCGCGCAAGGUGUUGCUAGUAACAAAAUGAUCGCGUACUUUGUCUUCUGGAUCAUCCAAUUCCCCCUUGUUCUCAUUCAUCCUCGAAAAAUGAGAUGGCUCUUCUUCGUCAAAUCAAUCGUCGCUGUCAUCGCUGCUUUCGCAACGCUCGGUUGGGCUGUACACACCGCUGGCGGUUCUGGUCCAGUCUUCGCCAAACAUAGUACAUUGACUGGUUCUACCCGAGCCUGGGCAUGGGUUGCCGGUAUCAACGUAGCUAUUAGUGGCAAAACUACUUUGGCCAUCAACAUCCCCGAUCUUACCAGAUAUGCGCAUAAGACUUCCGACUCCUACUGGCAACUCCUCUUCAUCCCUCUCGUUUACUGGACCUUCUCAUUCAUCGGUAUCGUCAUCGCAUCGGCUGGUCAAGAAAUCUACGGUACAUUGUAUUGGGACCCAACCAUGAUCAUUGCGCAAUGGACUUCGAGAGCUGGGGCUUUCUUUGUGGCAUUCGCAUUUGCUCUCGCUACACUCGGUACCAAUAUCUCUACCAACUCGAUCGCUUCCUCAAACGAUUUCGCAUUUUUAGCUCCUAAGUGGUUGAACAUCCGAAGAGGAGCAUUCAUCACUGCUGUUCUUGGUGGCUGGGUUACCUGUCCUUGGAAGAUCCAAGCUUCUGCAACGGCUUUGACCACUUUCUUAUCCGGAUAUAUCAUCGUCUUAGCUCCCAUCGUAGCUAUCAUGAUCUCGGAUUAUUGGGUCAUCAGAAAAACCAGAUUUCACGUUCCUAUGUUGUACCAGAAUGAGGGUAUAUACAAAUAUCAUUACGGUACCAACUGGAGAGCAGUAGUCACUCUCCUCAUAGCUGUUCCAAUCAACUUACCAGGGCUGAUUCAUGCUAUCAACACUAAAGUCGAUAUCGGAAAUUACGCUUUCUUCUAUAAAGCAUCUUGGCUCACUUCAACAGCUAUGGGAGCCGGUAUCUACUUGACUCUAUCAUACGUCUUCCCUCCUACAUCAACUUUAGUAGAUGAAACUGUCGAAUCGAUGGAAGAGGAUUACGCUUUGUCUGAUCCUCAAGGAUGGGAACAAGAGCAUGAUAAAGAGAAGAGAUCAUCGGCUGGUGAAUUACCAGCAUCGAGUUCACAUUCGAAUUCAACUUAUCCCAUUGUAGACAAGGUUUAA